UCCGGUACUAUUACUAGUUUUAGUUCCGGGUAACUUUUUUGUUUUGUUUUCAAAUACAAAGGACCCAUGUGAUUGUCAACUUGGGUUCUUGAAGUUAGUGCCAUUAACGAUGCUUGCUUACAUACAACUUUUAUUACUAUACAAGUCACAAGUCAAUCUCCUUUCUCAAGGCUACACUAGGGUUUAAGCUCUGUUUCAUCCGCAACCAUGUUUCCAUUCAUGCGCAAACCUGACAAAUCAGCUGCUCUGAAGCAACUGAAGACUCACGUUGCCCUGUUUGGAACUUGUGUCACCUUAAUUCGGGUCACCCCUUAUAUUCUUCACUAUUUUUCCGAUCAGAAAGAACAACUCUUGCUCGACCUCUAGAUUCCUUAUAAUCAGUUUCUCUAGAGGAAGGAAUGUUUGGAAGAGAAGGAGCCACUGUUCGCUAUGCAUCUGUUGACCCGUUGCUCUCUUUCAUUUCUUUCUCAUACAUUCAAUUUCAUUUGUCCCUAUGAUUCUGAAAUUUGUCAAUUUGUCAUAUAAUUGAGAAUUGUAUGGUUGCACCCAA